AUGCAGCCAAGGGCCGCAACCUACGCCAACCGGCGCUUACAGCAACGGACCGUCGCAGAACGGACUCAGUCCGGCACGGACGGCGUAGGGACGGAUGUUUUGAACCCAGCGCGGGUGGGAGGCGGCCGUGUGAGCAGACGACCCCCCUUUAAGCAGAAACGUAUCCCCUACAGAAACUGGGUUAUGCCUGGCGAGUCUGCCUUGCUCAGUGCCUUGGUGGGAAUGUACAAACGCCUUAGAAAGAUCAAGCUUAGAGAUGCUAGGGCUGGUAAAGUGAGAUCAUCCUUCUAUUUCCUUCUUCCUUUUCUUCCCCCGACUCCGAGAACGGCCUGUGCCACUAUGGGACGGUAUUAUUGGUCAUUCGGGCCAAGGAAAGGAGUGGGUCUAGGGAAUCCUAGCGCUGCUAUCUAA